AUGUCCGCCCAUCUAACUACAGGCCGUCCCACGUCGGACCGCCGUGUGUCAGGAGCACCAAAACGCACAUCUCUCCUUCCGAAACCAUCAUCGAUUGUGUUAGACUCUUCAGUCCUCAUUGCCCAGCACGCGCAACUUACCGGCCUUCACCCAAUAACGAUUGGCCCGAAUACUGUACUGCACCCACAUAGCAAGCUCAGCAGCGCAUUGGCACCCGUCGUAUUGGAUGAAGGAUGUGUUAUUUUCGAGCGAGCAAAAGUCGGCGUGGGCAUGGGAUCUGAACUAGAUAGUGAAGGUCGGCGUACCAACAUGUCAGCACGCAGUAAUGCGAAUGUCAGAGAAUCUAUGAGGAGCGAGGGAACAGUACUGGGAAGGAACGUAGUCGUUGAAUCGAACGCAGUAGUUGAAGCUGCCGAGGUAGGCGAAGGCACUGUGAUUGAAGUCGGUGCUGUCAUAGGGAGGGGUAGCAUCAUUGGAAAGUAUUGCACUAUCACGGCUGCAUCUUCCCUGCCCCCAAAUACCCAUUUACCAGACUAUACCGUCGUCUUUAGCGGCUCCCAGCAGCGUAUCGAUCGCACACUGCAGUUACGACCGGAAAUUCUGAGUGCGAAGAUGGCGGUGCAUGCCAAGCAGCUGGACAUGUUCAAGAGAUUGAUUCCGAACAAUAUCGCGAAAUGGGCACCGUGA